AUCUGUCCUCCCCCAUAGUAAACUAUUGCUGACGAGAACGGAACGGAGAUUUAUAUAAAAGGUCGUUUUGUUUUUCAUCGAUCCAUUCGAUCCUAAGAAGUAUGGCUCGAGGAAGCUCCCAAUCUCAAACGUCGUCGGCGGCUGGGGGUGCGGCGCGGCCGGCCACGGUGGGUCCUCGGGGGACGCCGGCAGCGGCAGCCGGGAUGAGGAGGCGGAGGCUUGGUGGAGGGGGCAGCUCGGCUGGGGGAUUUGGAGCUGGAGGCGGCGGAGGGAGUAACAUGCUGCGUUUCUACACCGACGAAGCCCCCGGUCUCAAGAUGUCGCCCACCGUCGUCUUGGUGAUGAGCCUCUGCUUCAUCGGAUUCGUCACCGCCCUCCACGUCUUCGGCAAACUCUACCGCUACCGGUCCGCCGGUGCUUCUUGAACCAACACCGCCAGAUCUGGGUAAGAAAGCUGGAAAAUAUUGAGUAAUCCUUGAGGUCUAGUCUUGAAUUUGUUGGAAUCGUUGUUUCGUUUUUCCUCUGUUUGGGUGAUUGAUCUACUCUUGUAUCUGCUUUAGGGUUUGAAGGAAAAGUACUUGUGCAAAUUUUCCUCAUAAUAUAUUUGACUUUGCUUGUCUA